CGCGGAACCAGCUUCCGGCCGGCGCUGCGGCGGGCGCAGGCGGCUUCCGGCCCGCUGUGGGCGUCGCGGGAGCAUGGGGAAGGUGAGGGGGCUGCGGGCCCGGGUGCACCAGGCGGCGGUGAGGCCCGCGGGGCAGGCGGCGCCCGGCCCCGCGCCCCCGGCCCGGGAGGCGGCCCCCGCGCAGGCCUCGGCCGGCGGAGUCGCGGCGAAGGAAUGGGCUUUCGUGAACGCUGAUGUUUUUGCCGGAACCACAAUAGACCCCAGCGCCUUGGUGCAGAAGCUGGACCCAGACACGAGGAGCGUUGCGUCCGUCAGGAGAGGUGCGGACACCCGGGCCAUUUUGCCCAAGAAGGAGAAAUUGAAGCUGAGGCGUGAGAGGUGGCUGCAGAAGAUCGAGGCCAUAAAGCUGGCGGAGCAGAAGCGCAAGGCAGAGCGGAGGCGGAGGGCCACGGUGGUGGUGGGGGACCUGCAGCCCCUGAAGGACGCCCUCCCCGAGCUGCUGGAGCUGGAGGCCUGCGGACGGCCGCCGCGAUCCGCUGGGUGAGUGUCGCGUGUGGCGGCCUCGGGACCUCGGGGCUGGGAGGUGAGCCGGGUGAGCGCCACGCAGAGGCUGCAGCUGCUGGAGGAAGAAGAGGCCCGGUUUCGGGAGCUGCUGGCCAAUCCGUCCUAUAGGGCCAGCCCCCUGCUGGUCAUCAGACAGCAGCUGGCCCGGCAGAUGGGGCCGGAUGGCGGUGGCCAGCUGUGACCCGGCCCGGAGGCGUGCCAUGGGCCCCGAGGGUCCGCCCCUGCGUCGCCGCCCUGGGCCUGGCAGGCGGGCCCCACCGUGCGGACGAUCGUGGCAUGCUCUCUGGCAGCGGGCCUGCGGGCCCUCAGCUCGACCGAGCACCCAGCAGGCGUGAGGACCCCGAGCCGCAGGCGCGAGGACCCCGAGCGGCUCUACAGCCCGAGACGUGGCCACGUCACUCCUUCUGGUUGCCAGGGCUCAGCUGGAACCUCUCCUGCCUGCCGCUCUCCUGGCCCUGUCCCCACCGUGCCUCCCUUUGGCCCUGAGCCCAGGUUGGUCCCCUCCACCUGCCCGUGCGGUACGGGGCACAGGGCCACUGCCGUCCGCACGGCUGACCUGGGAGCACGAUGAGUGUUUAUUGCUAGAAGCCCAGGCUUUGGAGGCCAGACUGUGGGAACUUGGACGUAAACCCCGGAUGGGAGGAUGUGGAAGGAGCGCUUUUCCCAGCCAGAGGCCCUGAGCUCGUCCGGGGAGUGGGCUGUGCGGGGCCUUCGUGGCCACGGCCUGCGGGCUCAGCUGUGCUGGACACCCGCAGAGGCAGCUCUGCGCCCAGGGCAGGGCCUGGAUACCCGUGCCCCUCACGGGCUGUGCUAUGGUGGGUGGGCAAGCAGCCUUGCGGUGCCGCCUCAGUGCGUCUGGGCGCCAGGCAUUCUGGGCUUUGAGGCUGAGCCAGCAUGAACCCCAGAUAUGUCCCCGGCCUCACGAUUCACAGAUGCCUGAGCGGCGUCCAGCAAGUCUGCCCGGGAACGGGUGGCUGAAUGGAAUGGGAUCCUGGGCCCUUCUCUGCAUGGGAGCACACGGUGUGGACACAUUGCGGGGACUGGACACAGAAAGGGACAGAUGAGACCACAGGGGCUGCACGCGGGAGUCCGAGUCCCCCAGCCAGAGGUCAGCACUGCCACCUCCCCGGGACCGCCCGGCCCUCUGGGACGGAGGGUGCGGUCUUGUUCUCCGCACAGAGCCCGCUGCUGCGUAACUGAGAUGAGUUGCCUACAAAGUGGUGUUUGUGACAGACUCGUUUUUGCAAUAAAAUAAGUGCUGGGAAAAACAGAGUGCAGCCCUGGCUGCCCCCGGAAGAUUGGGCGAUGCCUGGCGUUUCCCCCUCACGUUUUCCCAAU